CGCGCCGCCCGCGGUCUCUAAGCAGGUCGCCACGGGCUGGCACGCGCCACUCUCGCCCCAGAGUAAAUAAGGGACCGAGCCCGACUCUCCUGAGCACCGUAAAUAGAGUCAGAGUGGGCGGGGAGCCGCCCGGCACCGCCUGCACAUGUCGCUGCAGAGUCAAGUGUCCGGCCGCCUGGCACAGCUGCGCGCGGCGGGGCAGCUGCUGGUUGCCCCGCGCCCCUGGCCCGGCCGCUCGGCGGGUGGCCCGCGGGCCCGCAGCAGUGCGUGCGGUCCCCCGGUGGCGCUGGGUGCCCACAGCCACUGCGCGUGGCCCUCGGCGGGAGUUGGGGCGUGGGGGGCGGCGGGGCGUGGAGCCUGGGUGCGCACCUGGGCCCCCCUGGCCAUGGCCGCGAAGGUGGACCUGAGCACCUCCACCGACUGGAAGGAGGCCAAAUCUUUUCUGAAGGGCUUGAGUGACAAGCAGGAGGAACAUUACUUCUGCAGGGACUUCAUUAAGCUGAAGAAGAUCCCCACAUGGAAGGAGACAGCGAAAGGGGUGUCUGUGAAGGUGGAGGACCCCAAGUAUAAGAAGGACAAGCAGCUGAAUGAGAAAAUCUCCCUGUUCCGUGGGGACAUCACCAAGCUGGAAGUGGAUGCCAUCGUCAAUGCUGCCAACAACUCCCUGCUCGGAGGUGGAGGAGUGGACGGCUGCAUCCACCGGGCCGCGGGACCCCUGCUCACGGACGAGUGCCGCACCCUGCAGAACUGCGAGACCGGCAAAGCCAAGAUCACCUGCGGCUAUCGGCUGCCGGCCAAGCACGUCAUCCACACAGUGGGGCCCAUCGCUGUGGGCCAGCCCAGCGCCAGCCAGGCAGCCGAGCUCCGCAGCUGCUACUUGAGCAGCCUGGACCUGCUACUGGAGCACCGGCUGCGUUCGGUGGCUUUCCCGUGCAUCUCCACAGGCGUGUUUGGAUACCCCAACGAGGAGGCAGCCGAAGUUGUGCUGGCUGCGCUGCGGGAGUGGCUGGAGCAGCACAGAGACAAGGUGGACCGGCUUAUCAUCUGUGUGUUCCUGGAGAAGGACGAGGGCAUUUACCGGGAGCGCCUGCCCCACUACUUCCCAGUAGACCCACCUGGGCCUGUGGGACUUCGCGCCUCACUCUGAGAGGUCUUGGAAGCCGACAGCUUGUUCCUCUGCGUGACCUGCCCUGCCUUUCAGAAGCCUCUUCUUAAUAAAGCUGUCUGAUUCAG